AAAAAAACGAACCAGCAAUGCUUUUAUUUUGAAAUGUCAUGUACGUAACCCGGAUGUAGUUAGCCGGUUAGCUAGCAUCCGUUGUACGCAUGCAAACAUAUCGGAGGCAAACGGUUUCGCACUUGGAUGCUGACACCCUGUGUAGGACAACACAUGUCACCCCUCUGACACCCUGGUCCCGUCCACUGUGAUCCUCAGUCCCCUUCACACUGAAACCAUGUCCAGUCAGUCAGGAGUGAGACCCUCUCUGCGCUUCGGCCAGGUGGUCAUCGGACCCCCAGGCUCAGGAAAAACCACUUACUGCCAAGGAAUGCAGGAGUUCCUGACUCGCUUGGGACGCAAGGUGGUUGUGGUGAACAUGGAUCCAGCCAAUGAAGGACUACCGUACUCCUGUGGGGUAGAUAUCUCCGAGCUGGUCACUCUUGACGAUGUCAUGGAGGGGUUGAAGCUUGGGCCCAAUGGUGGGCUCCUCUACAGUAUGGAGUAUGUUGAGGCAAAUCUGGACUGGUUAGAGAACAAGCUGAAACAGCACAGUGACUGCUACUUCUUGUUUGACUGUCCUGGACAAGUGGAGCUCUACACCCACCAGAGUUCAGUGAAGAAUAUAUUCUCUCAGUUGGCCAAGUGGAAUUUCAGGCUGACAGCAGUGCACCUUGUGGACUCUCAUUACUGCGCUGACCCGGCGAAGUUUAUCUCUGUGCUGUGCACCUCCCUGUCCACCAUGCUGCAUGUGGAGCUUCCCCACGUCAACGUCCUCUCCAAAAUGGACUUGAUUGAGCAGUAUGGCAAACUGGCCUUCAACCUUGACUUCUACACAGAAGUCAUGGACCUGACCUACCUUCUUGAUCACCUGGCUGCAGAUCCCUUCUUUAAAAAAUUCCACCAUCUAAAUCAAAAAUUGGCAGAGGUCAUUCAAGACUACAGCCUUGUCUCCUUUGUGCCUCUCAAUGUACAGGACAAAGACAGCAUGAUUCAGGUCUUACGAGCAGUGGACAAGGCCAACGGCUACUGCUUUGGAGACCUGGAAGAGAGGAAUUUGCAGGCCAUGAUGUCAGCUGCUGUGGGGGCAGACUUCCAGUUCGACUCGUAUCCUUUCCUAAUCACUACCACAGUACUCUUGGAGUGCAAGAGCGGUAUGUUGAAACCGGUGGAAAGUCUGUGGAGGAGGAAAUGAUGGACCUGUAAAUUGAAAAAGCCCAAAUAAAAGGACAAAACAGUUUGCCUUUUAAGCACCAGUAUACCAGGGGAGUCUUGGCAACAUCCAUCUCACUUGGCCUGAAUUCUGAACCUCUCUACAAAAGCAGUAGAGAGAUGGGAACUAAAUUUGGGUGCUGAAGAUGCUUCAAGGUUGCACCAUAGCGCUUACAAAUCGCAAAGAGGAUGACUGAAGUGAGUAAAUGGAGAGAUUUUCUUCAGGUAUCAACGAGAUGUGAUUAAUUGUACCUGUGGACAACAAAAAUCUUCAGUUUAUGCAGAUACUGUUUGUUAAUAUGUAUUAAAUGAAAAGGCCUUUGUUUAGUCUUUGUGUAACAUGUUCAUGGCCUCCUAUUUUUAAGAAAACACAAUGGUAUGCAGGGGGCAUGUCUACACCAUCAAAUUCCUUCUGAAACAAUAAAAUGACUGCAGUUAAUACAGACA